UUACAAUUGUCUGUGAAUACCAGAAGAAGAGGAGAACUUUUAAAACAAGUUGUUCUCUUUAUCCUCUUACUCAUUCGCAAAAGUUGCAUCCGGUGUAGUUGUGAUGUAAAAACGGAAAGGUGAAGUAAUCUGAUAUGUGACGUUGCAUAUGCUUCACAGGAAGAAGUUGGACUUUUCUGCAAGGCUAUAAGACCAUGUUGUGCAAAGCCGGGGAACACAAUCUUCGUUUUUUCAACUUCGCACUGGUUUUAUUUCAGAUCUUUUAAGGAGAUAUCACUAAAGUCAGCUGAAGGCCCACUCGUGUGAUUUUUGUCCGUAAUGACAAUGAAAACGCUUUUCGCAAACAAACACUGGAGCGUGGCUAUAACCGCGACGCUUUUCUUGUGUUUUAUUUCAUCCUUUAGAGCAGAACAUCCAUCUUGCCAUGGAGCUUACGACCUUUACUUUGUUUUGGACCGAUCUGGAAGUGUUGCAAAUGACUGGGGUCAGAUCUUUGACUUUGUCAAAAAUCUUACAGACAGAUUUGUGAGUCCAAAUAUGAGAGUGUCCUUCAUAGUGUUUUCAGGAAAAGCAGAGCUCAUAUUACCCCUCACUGGAGACAGGAGCGAAAUUGGAGAUGGCCUGAGAAGGUUAAGUGAGGUCAAGCCAGCGGGUGAAACCUACAUGCAUUAUGGAAUGGAUAUGGCAACUAAGCAAAUAAAGGAACAGGCUAAAAAAUCUUCUAGUAUCAUUGUGGCCUUGACUGAUGGAAAGCUUACACCAUAUAUCUAUGAACUUACUUGCAAAGCGGCCGAUGAAGCAAGGACAUUUGGGGCUCGUGUGUACUGUGUUGGUGUUUUGGACUUUGAUGAAACACAGCUUGCCGAUGUGGCUGAUAGCAAAGAGCAAGUGUUCCCAGUCAAAGGAGGCUUUGAAGCUCUUAAAGACAUCGUGAACUCGAUCCUCAAGCAAUCAUGCACGGAGAUACUAACAGUGGAGCCGUCCAGUGUCUGCGCGAACGAGUCCUUUAACAUUGUUGUGAGGGGGAACGGGUUCAGGCUGGGGAAACAAGUCCUCUGCAGUAUUAAAAUGGAUGGUGUUACUUACAGCGAAAAGUCAUACGAAGGGAAUGAUGACUAUGCCCAAUGUCGUGCUCCUGUGCUUUAUUCAUUGGGACAACAAAUGGAGGUUUCGAUCAGUUUGAACAAUGGUGUAUCAUAUUUGCCCAGCUUUUUCAUCAUCACUGCCUCCUCAUGUUCAGACGGUACUGUGCUGGCCAUUGUGUUCCUGGUUUUACUCGUGCUGCUGGCUUUGGCUCUGAUGUGGUGGUUCUGGCCCCUCUGCUGCACUAUUGUUAUUAAAGACCCUCCUCCUAAAAGACCUCCUCCACCACCACCUGUGCCAGAGCCCAGUCCAACACCUAAGAAGAAGUGGCCGACCGUGGAUGCGUCUUACUAUGGUGGGCGAGGUGCUGGUGGAAUCAAACGAAUGGAGGUCCGUUGGGGAGAGAAAGGGUCCACAGAGGAGGGGGCAAGGCUAGAGUUGGCUAAGAAUGCAGUGGUGUCUGUACCAGAAGAGGCAGAAGAGCCUAUGAUCAAAAAGCCAAAAUCACCCCCACCCACAUAUCAACAGUCUGAAUCCAAAUGGUAUACUCCAAUCAGGGGCCGACUUGAUGCACUGUGGGCACUUCUGCGGCGGCAAUAUGACCGAGUUUCACUCAUGAGACCCACAAAUGAGGACAAGGGAAAAUGUAUAAAUUUCAACAGGAUACGGCAUCAAUAGAUGACAGCCUCCAGUUCCUGAUUUCCAAACAACCCGACGGGACCGCAGAAAAAUUUCUUCUAGAGCAAAUAGCUUGUUUUGACCACUUUCCUUCUUCAGAUGCCUAGAAUUAGGUUAACAAAACAUAUAUAGACAUAAAGUGAGCUCUCUCCAGCUACUGAAUUGAGUCAUAAAAAUGGUCAGAUUUUACCAUGGAUCUUGUAAAUGCACAGCAAAAAAGCGUUUUUUAUACUGACCAUAUUGUGCCUUAUUGUGGAAAAAAUUACUAAUCUUAUGGACACAGGCGGAGGCUAUUUAAAAAAACAGCAGAAUAAGAUUGGGCUCUUUGCCGUUGGCUGGGAAGUAGAACUAAUCCCAGUAGUCUCACAGAGAGCAGAAGUACUUCGCCUCUUGGCAAUGUCUCUUCACAAAAAUCUCUCCAAGCCCACUAUCGUCGGAUGCCUAGCGGGGCUUCUUUGACUGGAGAUCUUGUCAUUUUAACGGCGAGAAGUGCACACGCGUGACAAAUUGUAGACAGUACGCCCUAAGGUACUGGAAGCAGUACGGUUUUGCCCUUUAGUUCAUGAAGACACCUUUAGAAUCAAUGCAGAAUAGAGAAAUUAAUAGAGCGUUAUUGCACCGCAAGACACCCUUUGUGACCAAAGAGCUCCGGCAAGGUUUUGAGGGACACAUUUCCCUCUGGUGGCUAAUGCCUCCUCCCCAUAUAUUUGGCAGUCUGUUCUGUGCUCACUAAUGCAUAGACCUUCACAAUUCAUAACCAUGCCCAUCAGUUAAAGAUUUUAGGACAUAAAAACACCUCUCUUAGGACCAAAUCUCCAGAAUUGUACUUUUGGCACAGUAAUAACAAACUUGGAUUGAAGUAGUAGGUGCAGCUUGUGAAGUUUUCUGUCAGGGUUAUAAAAAAGUCUGCCAUUUAAUGACACACACUUGCAUCAAUAGAAAUUAAAGAAAGUACUUCAUCUGUAAUAACAUAAUGGCCUCGUCCCAAGUGCUCGAAAGAUUAAACGGAAAGGGUCGACGGACGGAUAAGUAUUGUUCAUUUCCAGAAAUUAUGCUCAUUGCGCUCCCCCCUCCAAAGCGAGCAAAUAUAUAUCUAUUUAUUUUAGAUUUCUUCAACGCGCUGUCACGACGACGAUCGCGAGUGAUGUCAGCGCGAGUGGAAACACUGUGGGGGGAGGAGGGCGGCAGCUGAAGAAAAAGGCUCGAACGAUCCAGUCACUUUCGAUACGCUACUUCAGAUGCGAAAUGGAUAUUCGAGUCGAAAUCUGACAAAGCGUGCCGGCUUUGACGGAAAGCGGUAUAGACAAUGACCAGUGGCUGGGUCAGUGGGAUGUCUCGGUGCAAGCAGGGAAGCUUAUCAAAUGACACUAAAAAUAAGUUCAACAACCAUCAAGUUUGAGGGGGGAACAGAAUCCGGGGUGGAGUGGCUUACAUUUGGUGGGUGUGCAAGAACCAUUGGGGACGCAAAAAGCCAUGGUUAAAUUAUUUCUUUGUUGCUCUCGAUAUAAUUGUGUAGACAUUAAUUAUGGCCCUUGACACCCCCCCCCCCCCCCACACCUUAUCCCAAACAUUUUUAAAAUACAUUUAUGGAAAAAGUCAAACAUUUCAGUCAUUGUUUAAGUGGCACUUUCACAUCUUGGAUAGCUAGGUGAGGGUAAUUUCCCACAUUAUUUUGUAGACAUUUUUUAUUUUUAUUUUUGAGAUCACAGGACAUCCGUUAAGUAUUACAUCUAUAUUAUUUUCUACACAGCUUAAUAUCAUUAGCAGCUCUUCCUGUGGCUGUUCACCCACCUCAUCCUUACCAGAAUCUCUGCUUUGCCUUCUCUUUUUUUUUUAACUUUGUAUUUUUUGUUUAAUUUCCUUUUUUAUUUUUUUAAGUGCAUUUUACUUUUAUAUUUAAAUGUUGCUUAUGAUUGUGGUAAAGAUAAUGUUUUUCUGUGUUGUUUUAUGUUUUGGGUCGAUAAUGUGUGGAUAGGAACUGAUCUUAAAAUCGUUUUGUUUAGCAUUGGUUUUAUUCUUUAUUAUAUUAAAAUCAGAGUACCAUCUAUAAACAAUAAUAUUAGUAAUUUAUGUAAAAACAUAUUAUUGAGUGCGCCUGUUUAAGCUUUAAACUGGGAACAUCAUUUAAAAAUAAAAAAACAGGAUUCAUUUAGUUUUUAAACAAUUGAAUGUUGACAACUGUGCACUAUUUUUGUACAUUAAACAGUACUUAAACAAUGUAGUAAUAAUAAUUAUUUCAUAAUAUAAUAAUAAUAUGUUUAAUUUCUAUAGUGCCUUUCCCAUGCUCAAGGAUGCUUUACAAAAAUAAUAAUGAUGUUAUAAAUGAAAACAGUCUUCUUGCAGACAUUAACUUGGUUUUAAGUUAGAAACACUAUUAGUACAGCCCUAAUUAUUGCUGUUUGGUCAGUGAAUGUCAUUUUAAUAACUUAUUUUAUACAAAUCCUGAUUGACUAUUAUUUCCUGAUAAGUAAAAUUUUUUAUAUUAUAUAAUAUAAUAAUGUCAUGUUUAUUUCUAAAAAUGUCAAUGAUGCACAUGUUAUAAAGUUAUUUUAAGUUUGUAGUUUACGUAUUGUCUUGUAUUGAAUCCUGGUUAAUUUCUCCCAAAUGCACAUAAAUUUAAAAUAAUAAAUAUAUUAUUAUCCAACUGAGAAAACAUUAUGAUGAACUAGCAUCCAUAUGCCACCAAUAAUUCUUUGAUAUUUUUAAUAUUCAGUUCCACUGUAUGCAGUUAGACACAUGAAGCUCAGAAGCACAUAUAGAUGAAUGCAGGGAAGUUAUCAUAAUCAUAUACCAUAAUCAUUUCUGAGCAUAGUCACCUGGUUUUAUCCAUGUUUUGCACUUUUUCUUAAUGCUAAAUUCCUUAAAUAUGCUGAAAAGAUAUACUUAAAAAGCAUUUUACCACUUAUCAUCACUGCGUGAAGGAUAUCGAAUGAAUAUUUUGUUCAUGUUUUCUUAUGCAGUUUUCGUCUUUUAGUCAUUAUUAAAGUUUCAGCUUGUUUUGUAUCAUUUGUACUUUGCAAAUUAUUUGUAUUAAAUAAAUGGCACAUUUUUUACAUGAA